GGACAAAUACACCGCUACUGCCGUGAUGGUUAAAUCGUAAUCUGAUCUUAACCCAAUGAACGGACGGUCGGAUUUCUUUUAGAUGCUUGCUCACUCAUUUACAUGGUGCGCUUCAUCUUUCUCUCUCUUGUUGGUUUCUCCGCUGCACAUUCCCACCUAGAUGAGAAAGGAUCGCGAGAUUCCGUCAGCAGGAAAGAUCUCAGCCAUCGAUUCUCCUUGUACAGCUACAGAGCAAUUUGUGGAAGUUUGUCUUCGUGGGCAUAAAGCAUGAGUCUCGUUAGAUUUUCUUUAACUCAUGGACAAAGCCACAGUGGCUGAUAUCUACGAACUGGGUGAUCGAGCUACAAGUGACGUUGUUGUCCGCUUGAGAAACAAAGACGGAAGGCCUGAAUGGUUUUACUGCCAUUCUUCUAUUCUUUCAAAAAAGAGCAAGUUCUUUGCAGACCGGCUUUCUGUUAUCUCAUCUUCUUGUCAGACUCUUGACUCUCAUAACUGCAUUGAAGUCUGCUGCUCGGGUCCUGAGUAUGAUCAUUAUGUUAAGCUGCUGAGGCUGUUUUAUCUCUCAGACCAUUUGGUUACAGAUUCGUGGGACUCUGUGAGAACUGCUCUUGGGGUUCUUCAGGCUGCAACUGCUCUGUGCUGUGAAGAGAUUGCCCAGAGCUGUAUUGAGUACUUGGAGGCUGUACCUUGGGAAGAGAAGGAAGAGGACGUGAUCUUGAAAACCAUCUCCGGCCUAGGCCCAGUAGCCAUGCCGAUACUAGCUAGAAUUCAACCUGUCGAUUUGAAUGCUGUAAAACACGUAUUUAUUUCUGCAAUUCGAUUUGCAACGUCAAAAGACAAAUCACUCCCUCCUUUCACGGAUGACCUAAAAACUUCUGCGCAAGAACAAGUUGAGUACAUGCUGGCAGAGGAUGAAGACUUACCAUUGGUAACAGCUGAUAGCGACAUAAAGGCAGAGGUAAAGAUUGGUCUUUCCAAAUUGUUUUCAGCAUUCGAAUCUGAAUUAAAUUUGCUGUUAUCUGAGUCUGACCGCUCGCUAGAGGAAGCAGAGUCAAAAGUCCUGCAGUGCCUAUCAGAUCUCGAAUGGGUUUGUAGCAUACUUCCUAAGAUGGAUAUGUUGAAGGAUUUUGUCUGCAGCUGGGUGGACAUUUCGGUUAAUGUUCUUGCAGUGGUUCAAGACAAGAAGCUCAGUUCUGGGAUUUGGGCAGUGAAGGUAAAGUUAAUUGAAGUGACAGCAAAGGUUUUGGAUGCCGUUGGAUAUGGGAAUGUGGUUCUUCCGGCACCAUCCCGGGUGCAGUUACUGAAGAUAUGGCUUCCGUAUAUAAGGACGAUGAAACCUCUGUUAGAUUCCAAGUGUACCGAGGAUGAGGCAUUUCCAUACAAGAUGGACGCUGAUCUCUGUCAGGGCAUCGAGGGGGCAAUAAUCUCACUGGUUCUUGCAUUGCCAUCCAACGAUCAAGCAGAUAUUUUAACAGAUUGGAUGGAAGCCGAGCAGGUGAGGUAUCCAGAUUUGAGUGAGGCUUUUGAGGUAUGGUGUUAUAGAACCAAGGCUGCAAAGAGAAGGUUGGAGGUUGGGUUCAACGAAGUUGGCAAUGCCACUGUCAGCCUGUGAGAAUCCAUCCAUUGUCCUAUUCAUUGUUUGAUCAAGGAGGGAUUAUAUGAUCCUCAGCCUGAAGCUAUGUUUGUUGGCUCAGGUGCCGAGUCCUUAUGAUGGAGCCCCAUGGACCUAUAAUCCAGACUGUUGGUCUGAUGGACCUAACCAUGGAUAAACUGCGUGAAAAGAUCUCCCAGAGGUAGAUGGUAGCCCAUUCGAUCUUCUUGACUAUUAUUCCAUGGAAUGUAUUUUCAUCAGGGAGAAUUUUGAUGCAUGGUCCAUUAGUAGAAUCGGCUGGAUAUCGUGGCAAGAUCCUAGGACACUACAUAUCCUCAGGCCAGGGAUCAUGUAAUUGUUUUAGAUGGACUUGGAUGGAUAUUGUUUGUUUGAUUGAUGUAUCAUAACAGAAUUAGAAAUGCAAAGUGCGCUUGCAUGCACUUUGUACUCACUACUUGCAUGUGCCAAUCUGGCAUGCAUGUUCAAGAUCAAAGCCAUGCAUCAGGUGAACCUUGGUCUAGAUGCGAUGCGCAAAAGAGGUAGGUCCACUUAACUGAUUGGCCACAAUUUUAUGGCAAAUGUGACAGUUUUCAAUUUCUUUUUA